GAGGAGGGUCAGGGCGCGCAUGCGCGGCGCAGACGAGCGUGGCUGGAGCUUGCAACGGCCCGGGGGGCUUUUUCCAGUCCUUCCCCGCCAUGGCCGCCCCCGCCGAGGCCCCGCCCGAGACCCCCCCCUGCACCCGCCUCAACGCCCCGCAGCAGCAGCAGCAGCCGGACGGUUAUGAAAUCCGACAGUACGAACCGGCCAAGUGGGUUAGUAUUCCUGUUGAGUCCAUGGGAUGGGAUGAUGCCAUCCAAACUGGUUUUACAAAACUCUUUGAGUACAUUCAAGGCAAGAAUGAGAAAGAGGCCAAGAUAAAGAUGACUGCCCCGGUGACAAGCUACGUGGAGCCGGGGGAAGGCCCUUUUAGCCAACCCACCAUCACUGUUUCCUUGUACAUCCCACGGGAACAGCAGUCUGACCCACCCAAGCCAGUGGAGUCCAACGUCUUCAUCGAAGACCGACCUGGAAUGACAGUGUUUGUCCGAUCUUUUGACGGAGUGUCUAGUGCUGUAAAGAACCAAGAGGAACUUCUGACAUUAGCAAACACGUUGAGACAAGAUGGAAAAGUCUUUGAUGAAAAGGUUUUCUACACUGCAGGCUAUGACAGUCCUUCAAAGUUGCUUAAUAGACUCAAUGAGGUGUGGCUGGUCAAGAAAAAUGGAUCACCCCAAAGUCAGUGAAUAAAAGUCUGUUGCUGGAAACAGUUGUUUAUUUUUGACAUCAGCAACUAUCUCUUAAGCAAUAUUUAAUAUCUCCACUUUGAGUAUUCAUUUUAUAAGCGGAGGAGCUUUCUAAUGUGCCUUUAAUACUAGCAACCAGCUUACUAGAGGGAUGUGAAGUUAGCAUCUUGCAUAUUGCUGAAUGAACAAGGUUCUGCCUUAAAUUCUUCACUGCAAGUGGGGUCUUAAGUUCUUUGGGUCUCAGGGAAAUGCCAACUAUUUGUGGAAAGAAAUCUGAUGGUAAUUGUCUGUAGUCUGGACCCAAGACAGAUUGAGUUCACCAGUAGUUGAAAGUCACUUUCAUUCAUUCAUUCAAUUGUAUUUAUUGAGCGCUUACUGUGUGCAGAGCACUGUACUAAGCGCUUGCCUUUUUAUCAUCUGGGACUGAGACACUUUGGUACGUACAUGCUGCUGCUUCAUCAUGGUGAAUGGACUAAGUUAUAUAUGCCGUUUUCCUAUCACUAGCAAUAGGUUUACGGCCCGGUAAAUCUUUUGCUUUAUAUACUUUAUUGAUCAUUGUAAGCCAAAGUACUAGGUUGAUAUGGUUCCAGUUCUGAAUUAAAACACUAAGAUAGUUA